AUGGCCUUACAUGGGAUGCUGAUUCUAAGGCCACUCAGGUUGCCCGGAACGAUAUUUGUUUUAGCGACACUUGCAACAGCCACCGCAGCAGCAGCUCAAGCCCUGCCUGGAUGCCCUGACUAUUGUGGUGAUCUGAAAGUUCCAUACCCAUUUGGGACAGUUGAAGGUUGUUACCUGGGAGAAAACUUUUUUAUCAACUGUACUAAUAAGAAAAAUACUACGACUAGUAACUUCACUGAAAUCCCAACAGCAUAUCUGAUGGGAAACAUUGUUACUAAUAUAUCCCUUGACGGUGAAUUGCAAAUAUUGCAGCUUGUGUUCCAUGAUUGUUUUUAUAAUAAUGACAAAACGGGUGUGGUACACAUCUCCCCCACCUCGGUCUCGUACACGCUCCAGGUUUCUCCUUUCACCAUCUCGGACACCAGAAACAAGUUGGUUUCCGUUGGUUGUGACACUUUUGCAAUACUUGAAGGUUACCGGCAGGAUGAAGAAAGGUACGAAUCGGGGUGCCUGUCCUUAUGUCGUAGGCCUGACAGCGUUACCGAUUCUUGCUCUGGCAUUGGGUGCUGCACAGCUUCCAUCCCUAGUGGACUGAAAAAUCAUACUGUGACAGUGAGUAGAUAUAAAAAUCAUUCGUAUGGAGACUUGCGCUGCAGCUACGCCUUCAUUGUGGAAGAGAACUAUUUCAAAUUCUCCAAUGCAAGUUUUCUAAAAAUGGCUAUCACACGUCAGCUUCCAAUGGUUAUUAACUGGGAAAUCGGAGAUCAGCCGUGUGCUGCAGCUGAGAAGAGCCACAAUUUUUCAUGCAAAGCAAAUAGCAAAUGUAUCAACCGGACCAAUUCAUCUGGUUACUUAUGCAUGUGCUUGUCAGGUUAUGGAGGGAAUCCAUACCACCCAGAUGGAUGCCAAGAUAUUGAUGAGUGUGAGGUCUCAGAUCCCUGCAGUGCAGUGUGCUUAAAUCUACCUGGAAAUUAUUCCUGUCUAUGUCCAAAAGGGUACAAAGGUGAUGGCCUGAAAACUGGAUCAGGUUGCAUAAAAUACAACUCCAUCCAAUCUCCUCUCUUGAUUAAUAUUUCACUCGGCAUUGGUCUUGUGCUGUUAUUAGUAGUCAUUGGGGCAUGGUGGUUGCAGAAAGUCAUCAAGAAAAGAAAAGCCAUUAAACGCAAGGAGAACUUCUUUAAACAAAAUGGUGGUAUUUUGCUGGAGCAACAAUUAUCUUCCGGUGAAGUUAAUGUUCAGAAAGCCAAGUUGUUCAAGUCAGAGGAGCUAGAGAAAGCCACUGACCAGUUUAAUGUAGACAGAAUUCUUGGCCAUGGAGGCCAAGGUACCGUCUACAAAGGAAUGUUGGUAGAUGGAACCAUUGUUGCUGUAAAGAAGUCUAAAAAUAUAGCUAGUGCAGGCAAAGUCAGACAAUUCAUCAAUGAAAUUGUCAUUCUUUCUCAAAUUAACCACAGAAAUGUGGUUAAACUUUUGGGUUGUUGUUUAGAGACUGAAGUUCCUCUUUUGGUUUAUGAAUACAUACCCAAUGGAACACUUUAUCAAUAUAUUCAUGACCAAAAUGAGGAAUUUCCUCUUACCUGGGAAAUGCGCUUGAGGAUUGCUCUAGAAAUUGCAGGAGCUCUGUCCUACUUGCAUUCGGCAGCUUCUUUCCCGAUUUACCACCGUGACAUCAAGUCUACUAAUAUACUCUUGGAUGGCAAAUACAGAGCCAGAAUAGCAGAUUUCGGGACUUCAAGAUCAGUUUCAGUUGACCAAACGCACCUCACAACAUCAGUACAUGGCACAUUUGGUUACUUGGACCCAGAGUACUUCCAAUCAAGUAAGUUUACGGAUAAGAGUGACGUGUAUAGCUUCGGAGUGGUUCUUGUUGAGCUCUUGACCGGGCAAAAGGCAGUUUCUCUAACGAGCUCACAAGAAGCCAGAGGCCUAGUUUCAUAUUUCAAUCAUUCCAUGGAGGAGAAUCAUGUGCUUGAUAUUUUUGAUGCUCAAGUUAAGGAGGAUGGUGCACCGGAAGAGACUUUGGCAGUGGCUAUCCUUGCAAAGAGAUGCUUGGAUAUGAACGGAAAAAGACGCCCCACGAUGAAAGAAGUGGCAAUGGAGUUGGAGGGGAUUCAGAAAGCUUCUGAUGUGCAACUCAAUCUCGAAGCGGCUGAACAUGUCCCAAAUGUAGUAAUUGGUGCUUGGGAUGAUGCUUUUACACCAACAGAUUCAACAGGGUCAGGUUGGGAUAGUGGCGCUGCUUCAUCAACAGAUGUACUAUCAAUAUUAUCAGACGAAUCAGGAUGA